GGCGGCCCGCGGGCGGGCCGCCCUCCCCACAGAUAGCCCACCCCUCUUGAGGCGGCGGCGGCGGGAAGAUGAGGUUUCGGGAGCCUCUUCUGGGCGGCAGCGCCGCGAUGCCGGGCGCGUCCCUGCAACGGGCCUGCCGCCUACUCGUGGCCGUCUGCGCGCUGCACCUCGGCGUCACCCUCGUCUAUUACCUGUCCGGCCGUGACCUGAGUCGCCUGCCCCAGCUGAUCGGAGUCCCCUCAACGCUGCAGGGGGGCUCGAGCGGCGCUGCCGCCCUCGGGCAGUCCUCCGGGGAACUGCGGCCCCGAGGGGCCCCGCCACCACUGCCUUCAGGCGCCUUCUCCGAGCCGCGCCCCGGUCGCGGCCCCGGCCCCGCGAGCAACUUGACUGCGGCCCCCGUGUCCCCCACCACAGCACUGUCGCUGCCUGCCUGCCCUGAGGAGUCACCUCUGCUCGUUGGUCCCAUGGUGAUCGAAUUUAACAUGGCUGUGGAUCUAGAACAUGUGGCAGAGCAGAACCCAGAGGUGAAGGUGGGCGGCCGCUAUGCCCCUAAAAACUGUGUCUCUCCUCACAAGGUGGCCAUCAUUAUUCCAUUCCGCAACCGGCAGGACCACCUCAAGUACUGGCUGUAUUACUUACACCCAAUUCUGCAGCGCCAGCAGUUGGACUAUGGCAUCUAUGUUAUCAACCAGGAUGGAGACUCCAUGUUCAAUCGUGCUAAGCUUCUCAACAUUGGCUUUCAAGAGGCCUUGAAAGACUAUGACUAUAACUGCUUUGUGUUUAGUGACGUGGACCUCAUUCCAAUGGAUGACCGUAAUACCUACAGGUGUUUUUCACAGCCACGACACAUUUCUGUAGCCAUGGAUAAGUUUGGAUUUAGCCUACCUUAUGUUCAGUAUUUUGGAGGUGUCUCAGCUCUAAGUAAACAACAGUUUCUCACCAUCAAUGGAUUUCCUAAUAAUUACUGGGGCUGGGGAGGUGAAGAUGAUGACAUUUUUAACAGAUUAGUUUUUAAAGGCAUGUCUAUAUCUCGCCCAAAUGCUGUGGUUGGGAAGUGUCGGAUGAUCCGCCACUCAAGAGACAAAAAAAAUGAACCCAAUCCUCAAAGGUUUGACCGAAUUGCACACACGAAGGAGACAAUGCUCUUGGAUGGUUUGAACUCCCUCACCUACAAAGUUUUGGACAUACAGAGAUACCCAUUAUAUACCAAAAUCACAGUGGACGUUGGGAAGCCGAGCUAGCAUUUUGAUACACUUAAUAAGAGACUUGAAAAUGGCCAAGGACCUCUGUUGUGUCCCUGCCAAUCUGCUGGGCUGGUCCCUCUCUCAUUUUUACCUGAGCGAUAGGCCCCCCUCAUUCAUCAAUCAGAUGCCUUUCCAGAUGGCCAGAACGAAUGGGCUAUUGUGCCCCCAUCUUGCCUUGGCAUGUGA